AUGAUUCUUAUCAAUUGGAUUCUAGCUUUUCUCAUACCACUGGUGCCUAUAAUCUAUGAUGGGUAUAUCUUUGAAAUCGAAUCUCGUCUUUGCAUUCCAACAACGAAAAAUUUCCCGUCAGCACUAUACGUCAUAUGUGUUCCGUAUACUUUGCCAACAUGUACACUAGCGGUGAUUUACGGCAUUAUUCUUCGUCAUAUACGUCGAUCUUCGCGUCGAAUUGUGAGUUUUGUUGCAGAAACAUCAAGAGCAACUGUGACGACGAAGCAAACGUUGCCGAAUUACAAGCGUGAAAUCGAAAUUAUGAAGAAAGUUUUUGUUCUGAUGAAUAUUUUAAUACUUGCUGGAUCAUUUUAUGUCGUAUCUACGUUCUGGAAUUGGAUUCAACCACAAACUGCACCAACAUUUUUAUGUCCAAUUGCUAUUGAAAUGAUAACAAUUUUUAUUGCAGUGAUGAUAGUCACUCUGUUUCUCAUGAGUAAAGAUCUGCGGACUGCUUUGUAUAAAUUACGUUCAGAACACUUUUAA